GAAGCAGUUAGUUGUUGGUAAGGCCUGGUCUGUGGAAGUUGGCAAUUCCGUGUUGUGCGCGUUCUAGUGUGUGAUUCGAGUGCUCAGUAAAAUUUUUUGCAAAUUGUGUUCACUUAAUAAAUGUACUUAGUCUGAUGUACUUCUUAGUUGAAAAUUAGUUGAUUGUUAACAUAUUCAGGCUUAAAAGAAAACAUCAACACAAACACAAAUGAACUGCUGGCGAUACAUAAAUGCAGGAAGUAGGACUAUUCUUACCUGUAUCGUGUUCAUGACCUUAACAUGUUUGGUUUCAGCUAAAACAGGACCAGCACACGGAAAAGUUGUGGUUUGUUAUAUAUCAACUUGGGCUGUGUAUCGACCUAGUCACGGUGCAUACUCAAUUGACAAUUUUGACCCUAACCUAUGUACGCAUGUUGUGUAUGCUUUUGCUGGUUUGGAUAUCACACAAUCCGCGAUUAAGUCUUUAGAUCCAUGGCAGGACUUAAAAGAAGAAUACGGUAAAGGUGGUUAUGAGCGUUUAACUGGUUUAAAACGUAUGCAUCCACAUCUAAAAGUGAGCUUAGCGAUUGGUGGAUGGAACGAGGGUUCGAAAAAUUAUUCAAUACUAGUUGCAGAUGCAAUGCAACGUGGACGAUUUGUUAAACAAGUAACGAGCUUUAUACGAAAAUAUAAUUUCGAUGGCCUUGAUUUGGAUUGGGAAUAUCCAACACAGCGUGGAGGCAAUCCAAGCGAUCGUGAAAACUUUGUUAAGUUGACGAAAGAACUGCGGGAAGAAUUUGAUCAGUAUAAUUUGUUGUUAACAUCUGCAAUUGGCGCUGCUAAAAAUGUUAUUGAUCAAGCUUAUGAUGUGCGUCAACUUUCUAGAUAUUUAGAUUUCUUACACAUAAUGUGUUAUGACUAUCAUGGCAGUUGGGAUAAAAAAAUUGGGUAUAAUGCACCACUUAAAUCCUCAAGCAGUGACGUACUCAGUGUCCAAUUCACAAUUGAUUACUUGUUAAAAUUAGGCGCACCAUCGCAUAAAAUAGUUGUUGGUUUACCUUUUUAUGGGCGUACAUUUAAAACACCAUUUAGUGGAAAUAUUAAUGAUGAUUCCGAAGGUGUUGGCUUCCAAGGCCCAUAUACCCGUGAAGAUGGUUUCCUCGGAUACAAUGAAAUAUGCAAUAUUUUAAGUAACAAAACAUCUGGUUGGGUGACAGAAUUCGAUGUAGAAACUUCUCAAAUGCUUGGUCGUUCAGAGCGAGACGUGUUCAAUGGACUUGUACGUGUCGUUACAUUUGAUAAUUCACGUUCCAUUGCGAAUAAGGUGAAGUUUGCUAUGGGAAAAGAUCUCGCUGGUCUUAUGGUUUGGUCAGUUGAUACGGAUGAUUUCAUUGGUGAUUGUUUACCUGAGGAAGACAUAUAUAUGGAUUACGAAUUUGUUAAUAAAGGGUCGCCUUUGACUGUGCCAACUCGUUUAAAUACUAACUAUCCAUUGUUGCGUACAAUUAACGAAGCAAUUAUACUGUCUAUAGAAGAAAUUAAAUAUAAGGAACAAAAUGCUGUUAUACCUCAUAUUAUAGAUAACGAAAUUCCACAUGGAGUUUUAACAGACCGUAAAGGCGAAAGUAAUAAUGCAACCAAAAUGAAUACGAUAGCAGUUCAAGUUUUGUUUUUAAUAUUAAAUGUAUUUUUAGUAGAUCACCUAUUAUAUUAAAUUUUAAGUUAUUAAUUUAAUUUAGUACAUGAAUUCAUUAUUCAUUACUUUUGACAAAUUGAUCAUUCUGAUCAUAUAUAGAUCUAAAUGAAACCACUUAAAAGUAUUCUUCUUUGAAUUCUUUAAGGAUGCUUAAUGAUCAACAUUCAGCUGCAACAAAAUUAAGAUAGGUAAGCUUAUAAUAACUAUAAAAAUAUU